GGCAACAUUCCUAUUCACACCAACGAUGUCGCUGCUACAGAACCAGGACUUCGUCAUAUACCGUAUUCGCAGCCGCUAUUUACAAUGUAUGAAAGAUGGAGUUAGCGACCGCCUCAUCACCGUCAAUCCCACCGCCCUUAACGUACCUGCCUUCAAGAACGCUGGCUGGGGAGUCGACAUCAAGCGUGCCCACUCUCCGCCGAUUCCAUGUGGUCCUGCGGGGGACUACUUCGCGACAGCAGCAGGCCGGACGUUCAACGAUGAGGCUACCGCCGGCCAGAGACCACGGGGCGAUGAGACGAGCACACUAUUAGGUUCUCGGUUCUCGAGUGACAGCACAGACGCGCCGGUCGAUACGAAACAGUUGAAGACUGGAGCUACGGCGAGGAUGGAGAUGCAUAGGGAGGAGGAUGAUAGCUCGGAUAUGAGUGAAGAUUCCGACGACGACCAGAAUUCUGAAACCACGGAUAAGCCAGGACAGAAGAUACAGUUCGAUUUUACGAAGAAAGAGCUGCCACAUCGUCCCCGCGCCGGAUCAUCGCCGAUACGCAAUGGACCACAGGUCAUGGUCACGUCGUCGUCGCUAUCGAAGAAUCGCACACGCCGCCUACGAGGUGGAUCCCACGGAGAUGUCGAUUUUAAGUCCGCUACAGCGUCUAUCGAUUACGAUGCGGUCCCCGGCGCCGACGAAGAGCUACUGUCCUCUGGCAUCAUGAGGGAUCGCGGUCUACACUCCGAGAUCAUGAACAAGUUACGGUCAUCGCCGAACUCAUCGUUGCCUCACGAUCACGGCUUCGAUACCGGAGACGAAUCGGAUGCUAGCAGCACUCUUUCCUCCGACUUCAUGCCCACCGCGGACUCGAAUCCCGAUGUGAUCGGAAACUCUCUCUCGCCACCCCCGAGAGCUGUCCAGCGCACUUCCCCCGCAGUGCUGAACGCCUUACCACCGCCUAUCCGCCCCGUCUCCAUGAUGCAGCCAGUCUCCCUGUUGAGCAAGCUUCUCAAGUCCGCCGAAGCCGAGAGCCCGAUGGAUGCAUACAAAUUCUUCGACGGAAAAGGCGAGCUUGCUCCCGUCUACCUCAGGAUCAUCAUACCGUUUCGCGGGGGAGGCGUUGAACCAUUCGAAAUCGUUCUCAGCCGAUUCGCCAAAGAAGACGGCGGUGGCAAGAACAGAGAGACGACUGUUGCGGAGGCGAUUGGGUUUGUGCUUUACAAGUACGUGGAGGAGAAGAAAACACCUGCGCUUCAAGACGAACAACUCGAUAUUAACCGCUGGGUUUUCCGGAUGGUCGACGAAGGCGAGCCUGAUGAUGACUUCCCUCCUUUGGAGCGAACUCAGCCCAUCACCUCCUACAUGACCAAGAAGUCAGCGCGUGGGGGCCGACUUGCUCAACAGAAGGAAGUCAAGCUGGAAGGCGAGUUUGCACUGUGUAGGGCUACGGAGGAACAAUUUGUCCAACACUGUAAAGUCACGCCGAGCACGACGAAGUCCCCGAUGAAGAGGAAACCUGCGCCAAUAACAUUGGCACCCUCCUCAGGCUCCACAAACCUCUAUGCAAACCACGGAGGACCCCUUACUCCCACACCCACACUUGGACCAUCGGCUCGUCAAGCGGCAGCCGAGGCCUCCGCGAUGGCAACGAACAGCACACCCCGUGUCGGCCCGUCUAAGAUCCUCCGAAUCCACCUUUCCACCAUUGACGAGUUCGCCCAGAGCAUCUCAGUCUGCGUCACGACCGAUACCUACAUUGCUGAAGUCCUCGAGCAGGUCUGCCGGAAGAAGCACCUCGACAAGGAUAAAUUCAUACUUCGUAUCACCGGAGUAUCGAAUGUCGUCGCGCCCCUCGACCGCACCGUGGCCUCUCUCGGAGAACGCGGGGAACUGGACCUUGUCCGCCGCCGCUUCGUCGGUGCUUCGGAGAGUCUUGGAGAUCGGCCUGGUUCCCCGUCUACACUGAAUUCCCCCAAUGCACCCCUGAUCAUUGGCAGCUCCUCGCGCACUCCCACCAAGAAGCCCAAGAUCCUUCAACCCGCCCUCUGGGCUCCCGACAUGCUCUCAUCCGAAGACUACCUCAAAUUCACGGUUUGGCGCAAAGCACCCAUGAGCUUUAUGUCGCGUCAUGAGCGCGUUCUCGCCGUCGAUGGAGAAUACGUCCACAUCAUGCCUAGCGAGCAGAAGACCCUCCUCAACGCAUUCGAGAGCCAGACGAAAACCAGAAGUAUUCACAUCUCAGCGAUCAUCGGCUGCAAGACGUACCGCAAGGCGCCCAGUAACUUCAAGAUCCUCGUCAUGCGCCAGCAGAAGGAGACGAAGAGGUACGAUUUUGAGGCGAUGAGUGAAGAGCAGGCAGAGGAAGUCGUACACGCCCUGAGGAAGGCCAUGUCGGAAUACCGCAUGGAUCACCCGAGUAUGGGCUUGUAGAGAGGAGAGUUGGGGAUAUGUGCGAGCACGAUGGGAUCUGUUCCGGCGUUGGCAUAAUUUCGUAUUUUCUUUGUAUUUUGUUUGUAUUAGGAGUUGAGUAUUGUUAAGGGGUGUCAUUUCAUUCUUGUUCCUGGUUCUUGGGAAUACCGGUACCCUGGUCUGGCUUAAGUGCACUGAAUUCUAACGCUUCGAUCGUAAUGGCGGGGACGCGGUUCUACUCCACCAAGGCACGACAAGCUGACCUGCAACGCGACAACUGGAUGCAGCCGCCGUCAUCGAAUACUUCAGCUUUCAACUUUUCUGUGUCAAUUACAGCUGAUAUACCAAGACGCAGACUCCGCUCGAGGUUCUCACCCGCCGCCGCGUA